UUUAAGCAUAACGUUGUAAAAUGUCUAUCGAAAACGAAAAAUCCUUCGAGGAGACGCUCAAACCGGUAAAUCUUAGAGAGAAGCUCGUCGAGGAUGAGAGGAUGUCUAGAGCAGAGCGCAAGUUCUAUAGAUCACAGAAUGCGCUGAUAGAGUCAUACCUCAAAUCAGAUAACGGCAGCAGGAAAGACCCAAGUAAUUAUACGCGAGACGAUACGAUAAGAGCCAAGAUAGCGAUUUACGGCUCCAUGACAUCUUCAAUGCUACUUGCCGGAUUGCAACUCUACGCUGCGAUAAGCAGUCUCAGUCUCUCAUUCUUCUCGACGCUGAUAAAUACCAUAUUCGACCCUAUAUCGAACGUAUUUCUCAAUUGGGUCUAUGUGAGAUCUCAAAAGUUGGACAAGAAUAAAUGGCCGGAUGGUGGAUCGAGGCUAACAUCGGUGGCUAAUUGUUGUUACAGUUUUCUCAUGAUAGCUGUGAAUGCUAUUCUUAUAGUUGAGUCAAUACGAUCUCUCAUUGAGGGUGAGUCGAGCACGGAAUCGAACAACCCAUCAGGCGAAAUAAAUGGUAUACACGUCCCCUCUAUUGCUGCAGUAGGCUUUGCAUUCCUCGUCAAGAUCGUACUCUGUAUCUAUUGCGGGAUGACCAAACAUCUCAGCAGUCAGAUUGAAAUUCUUUUCAUAGACCACCGUAACGAUUUACCAGUCAAUGGAUUUGGUAUACUUACUAGUGCCGGUGGUACAGUACUCAAAUGGUGGAUAGACCCUGCAGGAUCAAUCUUGAUAUCAAUUGGUGUUAUCACCGUCUGGGUACUAACACUCGUCCGUCAAUUUAAGUGUCUAGCUGGUAUAACCGCGGUCGAGCGGACGCGAAAGAAAGUACUCUACAAGGCCAUUAACCUCGACGCGAGCAUAUUACAAAUAUCAUCCUGUUACGUCUAUCAUUGUGGACAGGACGUCAACGUGCGUUUGGGGAUCAUCAUGGAUCAGACAACGCCUAUCUAUGAAUCUCAACAGGUUGCUCUCAGUCUCCAGAAUGAACUGAGCGAGAUUGAGAAUGUACACUCGGUGUUUAUAGAAGUUUUGGCCAGCUCUCCAAACCCAACGCCAGUUAUGUUGCCCACCAUAUCUGAUUUUAGCCCUUCGGAACUAAGCACGAUUGCAGAGUCUGACACACAAUCUGCUUCUAGCCGAACACAAGACACACAAGACUCACCGCUCGAGCCAGCCGUACAGCUUAAAUAAGUCACUAGCAUUUUGCAUUUCCCAACAUAAUAUAUACACACGCACAUUCCACACAUUGUACACUAAUAUUCG